AUGUAUGAGUAUCGUCCAGGAAUGGCGGUGGUUAGCUCCCCCUACGGAUACGACGAUCCCCAGCUUGUUCGUCAGCGAAAUGAUAAACCAGCUGGUGAGGAGAAAGAGGGCAUCUGCCCAAUGCCGCGAUGUCGGCCAGCAAAGUCGUCUGCAUGGAAGUUUUGGGCGGUGGCACUGAGUCUAAUCAUCAUCCUCUGCUUCAUCGGAAUCGCUCUGUGGGUAGCAUGGGCGCGUUCCAACUCGGGCUUUGCAGAGGCCGACGAAGGGCCACAGGGACCUGAGCUACCGCCAGCCAUCUGCUACAAAUGCAAUAACUACGCUCACAUCAUGGACGGCCGCGAGCUUAGCUCCAACAUCGACGUGGAGCAUAGCGAGGGCGGUGCGGCCAAGGUCGAGGGAGCCCUAGGAGUCGCAGUAGACGUGGAUAACCCGCAGCAGGAGCUCUGUCAGGAGUUCGUCAACAGAACCGCGCUGGCCGAGACACAAUCCCCUGCGGACGAUGACUGCGGAGACAGUCUGUACAACGGGUGCUUCAAGAUGAUCACCAAGAGCUAUCGACUCACUUCCAAUGUUGGACGCGAACAGCUGAGUGUCACCAUUGUCACGCGGAACUGCGUCGAAAUACCACGCAGCAUCCCAUUAGGCUGUUACAAGACCUUUGGUGGGGCAGGAAUGGAAAGGGAGACGUGCUAUUGCAAGGGAAAUUAUUGUAAUGUGGGAACUACCAUUGGCGCAUCGACCCUGCUAGGAAUGAUACUUCUCCUUCACUUUCCCAAUACCUUUGUCUGA